AUGCGCAUCUCCUACCACCUCAUCUCCCUCGCCAUACUCGUAUCAUCCGUCUUCGUGUCUGCAGGACCAGCACCCGACAACAACGGUAAUACUUGUUCUUCAUGCUGGGUUUCAGAGCGAAACAAGUUGCCACAAUGCCAAAACGUCCCACAGUCGGAAAUAAGUGAAUUCUCCAAGCUUACUGACGAGGAAAUCAUUGCCAAGAAGGGUGAUUUCCCCAAACUUAUCCCCUGUCUGUGCGCAUUGGUGCCAAAAGUACCGACGAUUCUAGACGAAUGUAACUGCAACUCGGAUGAUGCUACGGCUUUGACUAAAGAGGAUGGUUCUUAUGAUAAUUCUACACCUACAAACACAACGGGGAGUGAUCCAAAUCCCGUACCUCUUGCGAGUGCAGCCAUCUCUGCUCAAUGGGCUGGUUCUUUCAUAGUCACGUUGGGAGCUGUCGUUAUAGCCCUUGCAUUGUAA